UUGAGUGAGGAAGGCGGUACCGGUGCCCGCUUUCUAUUGAAGAUCCUCUGCUUUUGCUGGACUGUCAGCCUCAUUCACCAUGGCUGACAGUGGCAGCGAAGCUGAGGCACAGUCUCAAAAUGUGCAGACUGUCGCCGAUGUAUCCGUUUUUGCAAAUUAUUUACGCAGAGCAAUCCCUGUUAUGCUGGAAGAUGGAGACGACACUCCCAAAGCUUUGCACGAUGCUUUGAAAGAAAAGAACAAACUUGAGGCCAUCAGGAAGUUUUUGAGUGACUCGCAAGUACCUGCUCUUUUAAUACAGAGGUGCAGUAAUAAGGAUGAGGUUGGUGGAGAGGGUGAGGGGGAUGUGGAGGAGGUGAUCACCUAUGAUAUUGCCUCAGAUGUCCAUUUUACCAGUGCAAGAAUGGCAAGUGUGGUCAUCAUCAAGCGUGGCACUAUCAUUGAAGCUGAUAAAAGCAUAGCAUCCCAGAUAAGGUUGAUGAGUCUUAGUGAUGGCUCAGCAUAUGAGACCCUCCACUCCUUUGUUGCCAAUGCAGUGGCACCUUUCUUCAAGUCAUUUGUGAAGGAGUCUGGUAAAGGAGAGAGGGAUGGUGACAAGAUGGCCCCAUCAGUAGAGAAGAAACUGGCAGAGCUAGAGAUGGGUCUGUUACACCUCCAACAAAACAUAGACAUCCCUGAGAUCACUCUCACUGUCCACCCCACAGUGGGCUCUGUCAUCAAGAAGGCUGCAGAUGAGAGAAGAAAGCCAUCAGUGAAUGAUUUUGGAGAUAAGAUAGAAGAUGCACAGUUCCUGAAUGCAUUGCAAGGCGGUGUGGGACGCUGGAUUAGGGAGAUACAAAAAGUCACCAAACUGGACCGUGAUCCAGCCUCUGGUACAGCCCUACAAGAGAUCACCUUCUGGCUCAACCUGGAGAGAGCCCUGCUGCGCAUCCAAGAGAAGCGAGAGAGCCCAGAGAUAGCCCUGACUCUGGAUGUCUUGAAACAUGGGAAGAGGUUUAUCGCCACAGUUGGUUUUGAUACAGACACAGGCCUGAAGCAGGCUCUGGACACAGUCAAUGACUACAACCCACUGAUGAAGGACUUCCCCCUGAAUGACCUGCUAUCAGCCACAGAGCUGGACAGGAUCAGAGCAGCUCUACAGGCCAUCUUCACACACCUGAGGAAGAUCAGAAACACUAAGUACCCCAUACAGAGAGCUCUGCGCCUUGUGGAGGCCAUAUCCAGGGAUCUCAGCACACAGUUGUUGAAGGUUCUUGGUACAAGAAGACUGAUGCAUAUCCCAUUUGAUGAGUUUGAGAAGGUGAUGGGAGCGUGCUUUGAGGUGUUCAGCACCUGGGAUGAUGAAUAUGACAAGCUGCAGGGCCUGCUGAGAGAUAUAGUGAAGAAGAAGAGAGAAGAACACCUGAAGAUGGUCUGGAGGGUGAACCCCGCCCACAAGAGGCUGCAGGCCAGGCUGGAUCAGAUGAGGAAGUUCCGUCGCCAGCACGAGCAGCUACGCCAGGUGAUAGUGCGUGUACUGCGCCCUACGACCACGAAGAGAGCUGGCACACCAACCAGUGAUGAAGUGGACAACAAGAUUACUGACAUGCCAGCUCUGGAUGCUGCUGAUGCCAAUGCUAUAGAGGAGGUAAACCUUGCUUACGAGAAUGUGAAAGAAGUGGAUGGACUAGAUGUGUCAAAAGAAGGUACAGAUUCUUGGGAGGCAGCUAUCAAAAGAUAUGAUGAACGCAUUGACCGUGUAGAAACCAGAAUCACAGCUCGGUUGAGAGAUCAGCUAGGAACAGCAAAGAAUGCCAACGAGAUGUUCCGCAUCUUUUCUCGCUUCAAUGCCCUCUUUGUGCGCCCUCAUAUCCGUGGAGCCAUCCGUGAAUAUCAGACACAACUCAUACAGAGAGUGAAGGAUGACAUUGAAUCACUGCAUGAGAAAUUCAAAGUACAGUAUGUGCAGAGCAAGGCAUGUAGGAUGAGCCGUGUGAGGGACCUCCCACCUGUGUCUGGGUCCAUCAUCUGGGCUAGACAGAUUGAGCGCCAGCUGAAUGCAUACAUGCGCCGCGUGGAGGACGUGCUGGGUAAGGGUUGGGAGCAGCACGUGGAGGGACAGAAGCUGAAGGCAGAUGGAGACAGCUUUAAGAUGAAGUUGAACACACAGGAUGUCUUUGAUGACUGGGCUAGAAAGGUGGCAGAGCGUAACUUAGGUGUCUCGGGAAGAAUCUUCGCCAUAGAGAGCACCAGGUCCAAGUCAGGCAAGGGCAACAUCCUGAAGCUGAAGGUGAACUUCCACCCAGAGAUCAUCACACUGUCUAAAGAGGUGCGUAACCUGAAAUGGCUUGGUUUCCGUGUCCCCCUGGCCAUAGUGAACAAGGCCCACCAGGCCAACCAGCUGUAUCCCUAUGCCAUCUCCCUGAUAGAGAGUGUCAGGAGCUAUGAGAGGACAUGUGAGAAGGUGGAGGAGAAGAGCAGUAUCUCACUGCUGGUGGCUGGCAUGAGGAAGGAAGUCCAGACCUUGAUUAGUGAGGGCAUCAACCUGGUAUGGGAGUCCUACAAACUGGAUCCAUAUGUACAGAGACUGGCAGAAAAUGUCUUCAACUUCCAGGAAAAGGUUGAUGACUUGCUGGCAUCUAUUGAGCUGAUAGACAUAGAGAUCCGGAGCUUGGAGAUGUGUGCCUACAAUGCCAACACUUUCAGUGAUAUCCUGGGCAAGAUCCAGAAGGCUGUGGAUGACCUCAGUCUGCACAACUACUCCAACCUGCCUCAGUGGGUUAACAAACUGGACCAGAUGGUGGAGCAGGUGCUUGCUGCCCGUCUUCAGGCUGGCCUUCAUGCCUGGAGAGAUGCUCUAGAGGGGAAGGUGGACCAGGAGAUGGACCUCAGCAUGGACACUGAUGCCCCAACACAGGUGACCAAUAAACCUGGAGGAGACCCACAGAUCAAGCCCAUUGUCCAUGAGCUCCGUAUCACCAACCAACUGAUGUACCUGGUACCUCCCAUUGAAGAGGCCCGCUCCCACAUCAUGCAUGAGAUGUUUGAGUGGGAGGCUGUCAUCACUUCACAGAAUAGAAUUCAGCACUCCAGAUACCAGGUUGGCUUAGAUGUGAGCUCAGAAGGAGAAACCACAUACCGUAGCCUGCUGACCAAGCUACCAGAGGGCUCUGGUGUGCUGGAGAAGACAUAUGAGUCCAUUGAUACCAUCUUCAAAGAGGCAAUGGAGUAUGUUGGGGUGUGGCUGCGUUACCAGGCCCUGUGGGAUCUUCAGGGAGAUGCUCUGUACAACAGACUGGGAGACAACUUGAAAGUCUGGAUGUCCACCCUGGAGAAUAUCAAGGCUUCUAGGAAAACCUUUGAUACCUCUGAGACCAAGCAGAUCAUUGGCCCUAUCACUGUAGAGUAUGGCAAGGUCCAGUCCAAGGUGUCUCUGAAGUAUGACUCCUGGCACAAGGAGGUCCUCAGCAAGUUUGGCUCUCUGCUGGGUGAUCAGAUGUCCGAGUUCCAUGGAACUGUGUCAAAGUCCCGCACAGACUUGGAGGAGCAGUCCCUUGAUACAUCCACCACUGCGGACGCUGUCCAGCUGAUCACCUAUGUCCAGUCUCUGAAGAGAAAGAUGAAGAACUGGGAGAAACAAGUUGGGGUGUACAAAGAAGGUCAGCGCCUGUUGGAGCGGCAGCGUUUCCAGUUCCCUAGCACCUGGCUGUACAGUGAUAACAUAGAUGGAGAGUGGGGUGCCUUCAACGAUAUCCUGAAGAGAAAGGACUCCUCCAUCCAGACCCAGGUGGCCAGCCUACAGAUGAAGAUUGUCUCCGAGGACAAACUGGUGGAAAACAAAACCAUUGAACUGCUGUCAGAGUGGGAGAAAGAGAAGCCCAUUGAGGGUUCUCUGAAACCAGAUGUGGCCACAAACUCCUUGGCCAUCUUUGAAGGCAAGAUCAUGAGACUGAAGGAAGAGAGAGACAAUGUCACCAAGGCCAAGGAAGCCUUGGAGCUGGCAGAACCAGGUGUACUGAGCCCCACAGAGGACCGUAUGCAGGUGGCGCUGGAGGAGCUCCAUGACCUGAAGGGGGUGUGGGCAGAGCUGUCUAAGAUCUGGGAACAGGUUGAUGACAUGAAGGAGAAACCCUGGAUGUCUGUGCAGCCUAGGAAGUUCUACUUUGUUGGUGAUGAAGACUUGCUGGAGAUCAUUGGUAACAGUAAGAACAUCCCCAGGCUGCAGAAACACUUCAAGAAGAUGUUUGCUGGGGUCAGCGCCAUCCUGCUCAAUGAAGACAACACAGUGGUGCUGGGGGUCUCUUCAAAGGAGGGAGAAGAGGUGAUCUUCCACACCCCAGUGUCAGUGGCUGACCACCCUAAGAUCAAUGAGUGGCUCACCCUGGUGGAGAAGGAGAUCCGGCUCACCCUGGCCAUACUGUUGGCCCAGGCAGUACAGGGGGUGGCUGCCUUCAAGACAGAGAGCAUCAAUGCUCAGCAGUACCUGGAGUGGAUUGACAAGUAUCAGGGCCAGCUAGUGGUCCUCGCCUCCCAGAUCAACUGGUCAGAGAACGUGGAGGCAGCUCUGCAGCAGAUCUCUAGCUCUGGGAAGACUGGUGACCUGAAACCCAUGGAGAAUGUCCUGUUGACUGUCCAGUCCACCCUCAAUGUGCUGGCCGACUCUGUCCUCCACGAACAGCCACCUGUCAGGAGGAAGAAGAUGGAACAGCUGAUCACAGAGCUGGUCCACCAGCGUGACAUCACCAGGAUGCUGGUGGAGAACAAGGUCACCAACCCCAAGGCCUUUGAUUGGCUCAUGCAGAUGCGCUUCUACUUUGACCCCAAGAACCCUGAUCCCCUGCAGCAGCUGUCUAUCCAGAUGGCCAAUGCCAAGUUCAACUACGGCUUUGAGUAUCUGGGUGUCCAGGAGAAGCUGGUCCAGACCCCAUUGAGUGACCGCUGUUACUUGACCAUGACCCAGGCUCUGGAGGCCAGACUUGGAGGAUCUCCAUUUGGCCCAGCAGGUACUGGCAAGACAGAGACUGUGAAGGCCCUGGGCAACCAACUGGGAAGAUUUGUACUGGUCUUUAACUGUGAUGAGAACUUUGACUUCCAGGCAAUGGGCCGUAUCUUUGUUGGCCUGUGCCAGGUGGGUGCCUGGGGUUGCUUUGAUGAGUUCAACCGUCUGGAAGAGCGCAUGCUGUCUGCCGUCUCCCAGCAGAUCCAGUCCAUCCAGGAGGCUCUGAAGCAACUGGCUGACCAGGAGAAGAAGGGUAACACUGUCACAGUGGAAAUCAUUGGCAAGACCGUGAAAGUCAACCCAGACAUGGCCAUCUUCAUCACGAUGAACCCUGGAUACGCAGGACGCUCCAACCUGCCUGACAACUUGAAGAAGUUGUUCCGCAGCCUGGCUAUGACUAAACCUGACCGCCCCCUGAUUGCACAGGUGAUGUUGUACUCACAGGGAUUCAGGAUGGCAGAGAAGUUGUCUGCAAAGAUUGUGCCCUUCUUCAAGCUGUGUGACGAGCAGCUCUCCCCCCAGUCUCACUAUGACUUUGGUCUCCGUGCCCUGAAGAGUGUACUGGUCAGUGCUGGCAAUGUGAAGAGAGAGCACAUCAUGAGGGUCAAGGAGCAGAUGGUGGCCAGGGGAGAGCAGGUGGACGAGGCCUCCAUUGCUGAGAAACUACCUGAACAGGAGAUCCUGAUCCAGUCUGUGAUGGAGACUGUUGUCCCCAAGCUGGUGGCUGAGGACAUCCCCUUGCUGAACAGCCUGCUAUCUGACAUGUUCCCUGGUAUCCAGUACACAGCUGCUGAGAUGUCUGCACUGAAGCAGGAGAUCAGGAAGGUCUGCCAGGAUAUGUACCUGUCCUGUAACGAGGAACAAGGGGGCACCUGGCUGGAGAAGGUUCUUCAGUUGUACCAGAUCAGUCAGAUCCACCAUGGUCUGAUGAUGGUGGGACCCAGUGGCAGCGGGAAGAGCACAGCUUGGAGAGUGCUGCUCAAGGCUCUGGAGAGACUGGAAGGAGUGGAGGGGGUGGCUCAUGUCAUUGACCCCAAGUCCAUCUCCAAAGAGGCUCUGUAUGGCACACUGGACAUCAACACCAGGGAGUGGACUGAUGGAUUGUUCACACACAUCCUCAGAAAGAUCAUAGACAACGUAAGAGGGGAGAUCAACAAGCGCCAGUGGAUAGUAUUUGAUGGAGAUGUGGACCCAGAGUGGGUGGAGAACCUGAACUCUGUGCUGGAUGACAGCAAGCUGCUCACACUGCCCAAUGGAGAACGUCUGGCCAUUCCACCCAAUGUGCGCAUCAUGUUUGAGGUCCAGGACCUGAAGUACGCCACCCUGGCCACUGUGAGCCGCUGUGGUAUGGUCUGGUUCAGUGAGGACGUCCUCUCCACUGAGAUGAUCAUAGACAACUACAUGAAGAAGCUGCGCAAUGUUCCUGUGGAGGAGGGAGAGGAGGAGAAACCUACCGCCAAACACGGGGCAGAGGCAUCGGAGGAUGACCUCUCACCUACCAUACAGACCCAGAGAGACGUGGCAGCCAUCUUGAUGCCGUACUUUGCCUCUGAUGGUCUGGUGAUCAGGUGUCUGGAGUAUGCCUUCAGCCUGGAGCAUGUCAUGGACUUCACGCGUCUACGUGCCCUGGGCUCCCUGUUCUCUAUGCUCAACCAGGCAACCAGGAAUGUGCUCACCUACAACCACAACCACUCUGACUUCCCAAUGCAG